AUGGUUCGGAAGUUAUGGAGGGUGUCUGCGAUUUAUGAGAAGAGGCAGUGGAAAGGAAGCAAGAAUGGAAUAGCAGUGGGAGAGAUGAAAGUGAGAAAGAUGAAGUGCGUUUGCGAAUGCGGCGCAGAUAGGAAUGUUAGGUCUGAUCAGGUUUCUUCUCUUCAUGUUCUUGUAGAGAACAUGGUCCUUCAAUAUGUGAAAGCAAAAGCAGAUUGGUGGAUAAAUAUUGCUCAUCAUAAUCGCAAGCGUAUAAGAAGAGGUGCAACUGGCGACAAGACUUAUAACUUGAUAUUCACUUGCGUGAGGGUUACUUUGUUUAAUGUUGGGAGGAGAGAUCAAGACACGACGGUUAUCAUCAGUUCUUCCAUAAAGUCAGGCAUCAAGAAAACAUGGUUUCUAGAAUCAGGUGAUUGA